ACGCAGCUUCUAGUUCUUUCCUCACCUGUUCUGGUUUUCUCUUUCUGCUUCUUUUUCCACGCUCUCCUUUGUUUCUUAUGACUUUUCCUUUCCUCUUUCUUAAAUCACUAUAGAUUCCAAAACCAGGAACCUUCUGGAAUCACCAACCAAGUUCCUCAUAAAACUCACACCGUCAUUGUACCUACUUCCUUUUCCCAAGUAAAAAUAUCUUCAUCAAUUCCGUCGGUUUAGUUUAUGGCUCCGCCGCCGGGAAAGCAGAACGAGGAGAUGCCGACAGGAGAGUCUCAGAGGCCUUUACCUACGCCGUUCUUGACUAAGACGUAUCAACUCGUCGACGAUUCCACAAUAGAUGACGUAAUUUCAUGGAAUAACGACGGAUCUACUUUCGUCGUUUGGAAUCCGACGGUGUUCGCUAGUGAUUUACUCCCAAAAUAUUUCAAGCACAAUAAUUUCUCCAGCUUCGUCCGUCAACUCAAUACUUAUGGAUUUAGGAAAGUAGCACCUGAGCGCUGGGAAUUUUCAAACGAGUUUUUUCGGAGAGGCGAGAAGCGGCUUUUAUGCAAAAUUCAGCGGCGGAAAGUUUCUACUGCAACGGCGAUUACGGCAUCUCAGUCGGUGACUGUGGCGGCUAUAUCGAUUACUAAACCGAUUACAUCUCCAUCGAAUUCGGGAGAAGAGCAGGUUGUUUCAUCGAGUUCAUUGUCGUCGCGGCAUGGACAAGCGGGAGCCUCACUGGCAGAUCUUAUUGAAGAAAACGAGAGAUUGAGGAAAGAAAACAUGCAAUUGAACAAAGAGUUAGCGGGAAUGAAGAGCCUGUGCAACAAUAUAUUGAUUCUGCUGUCGGAUUUUGCGAGAUCUCAACUGGAGGCCAGUUUUCCGGUGGCCAAACCUUUGCGUUUGCUACCGGUGAAGCGGUUAUCCGAUGACGGAGAGAUAGGCGUGGAGGAGGACACGAAUCCAAGGCUGUUCGGCGUGUCAAUCGGAACGAAGCGUGUUAGGGAAGGGGAAAGGGUGAUGGAUGAUGAACCGCAUUUGCAGUUGCGACAACCCGGCCGAGCCGAGAUCAAAUCAGAGCCCUUGGAGUCCCAGAACGUCGGCGGUGAUAAUCAAGAACCGCCGUCCCACCAUAGAUCCGGCGGUUGCACCGAGCAAAUCAGAGGGUGUGCAACUGUGCUGCUGUCCCUUUCAGAGGGAAGUCGCGUGCCAAAUGGAUCACUUGCUUUGUAAUUCCUCAAAGACUGGAAUUUUAUUUUUAUUUUUAUUUUUAUUUUUAUCUUCUUAGCCUUUGGUAAAAAACAGG